AUGAGAACCUCUAGUGCUGUGGAGCUUAAGGCUCGUAUUCCAUGGUUGAAUUGGGUUGUUCAUGGUGGUGUAUUGAAUCUCAGAUACUUAAAUUCUCAGAAAGUAGUUAGUGUAUAUACAAACGAAGAAAUUAAUCACAUAACUGAACCAGUACCUCCUCAGCUCCUGACUGAAGAAGAGCUCAUGCCACAGAGAGACCUCAGGUAG